UAUGCAAUAUCCGUUUGAAACAGAUAACAAGCAACUGAACUUUGUCAUCGGCUUUUGUGCACGGUACAUGGAAAAAAACAAUCAAGUCUCUAUCUCCUCAGAGUACUACACUCAUUUGGUCCUUUCAGUCAAUUCUUUAAUCAACCAUGGGCUCCCUUACCAAUUAUCGCCUACUAUGCUUCGACGUCUAUGGAACUCUGAUAGAUUGGGAAACCGGCGUAGUCAAUGGCCUGCAACCACUACUCCAAUCAAACAAUCGCCAGGACAUUUCGAAGCAACAGCUUCUAGAGAUCUACCAUGAAUUCGAACACACACAGCAAGCCGAGACGCCAGAUAUGCCCUACGACAAGCUCCUCACAGCCAUCCACCCAAAAGUCGCAUCCAAGCUAGGAUUUCCCACACCACCAGAGUCUCAAUCCAAGGACUUCGGCGACUCCGUUGGCACAUGGCCCGCAUUCCCGGACACGGUCAACGCGCUGCGCCGCUUGUCCAAGCACUACAAGCUCGUGGUGCUCUCCAACGUGGACCGUGAAUCGUUCAGCAAGUCGAACACAGGGCCGCUCCAAGGCACGCCGUUUGACCUCAUUAUCACUGCACAGGACGUCGGGUCGUACAAGCCCGACCUCGCCAACUUCGACUAUAUGAUUAAGGCGGUCGGGGAACGUUUUGGUGUCGCGAAGGAUGAGAUCAUCCAGACGGCGCAAAGUCAGUUUCAUGACCACCACCCGGCAAAGGCAAAGGGUAUCAAGUCUAGCUGGAUUGUGAGGCCCGGGGCGGUUAUGGGGAAUAGAGCGGAGGAGAUUUACGAUUGGAAGUUCGAUACUCUGGGUGACAUGGCGGAUGCGUUGGAGCGGGAGUUAGCUAAAUAGACGAUUUGUGUCUCAACUUCAGAAAGGGGCGAUUGAAGAAUGGCCGUGACAGCACUGUAGUCUAAUGUUCAUUUUCUUGAUCUAUGGACACUAAUUCAGCUCGUUUGCUGGCGAAUAGACGGCUGAGAUGUUCACAUAUGACGCAGCCGUAUCAAGAAAUU